UGACUUGAAGUUCAACCACCUCGGCUUCUUGCGCAACACCUCGUACCUGUUGUAGUCCAACAUUCACAAAAAGCAGAAGUAUUGGCUCAGCCUCAUGUCUUGUCAUCGGUUAUUACAACUAUCUAUCAGGAAAGUAGACCACCUCGUGUUUGCAUUCCCCCCUUUAUUUUUGUACUUACUACGUUUUUUGAUUUUGCAAAUCCAAAUACCACCUGAAGCUCGAUUUUUAUUUGAAGCAAAAGCCUUUUGUCAUUGUGCGGGUGCGCCCGCCCUCCGAGUACGUAAUUAAAAAUGUAUUGUUUGUCUCAUUUUGUUUAAGUUUUUGUUUUACAUCUGCUGCUGAUAAUGUGCUUGUGCAUAACUGAAAUCGUUUUUCCGAAGGAGCCUGAGGCUCCUUCCCCACUGGCUGCAUCAAUCUACACAACUGUCUAUUUCAGUUCACCAGAACUACCUCCGCACAUUUUGUGCUUCGAGCACUAGCACAGGACAUGAUGUUGAACACGACAACGCUGGCCGUAAAAAUUAGGCGCCGUAACAUCAAGCCGAGCUUUCCGGGCAUCGUGGCAAAGUUGGGCCUCGUCUUGCUGUUGACACAACAACAAGAGAACGUCCAGUACGUGAACGCAGUCGACUUCGGUCAGUAUACGGAGAAGGUGAUAAGCGCGCUCUUCUACGGGUCGUCCUCCAGCAGCUCCACCAAAGUGCAGGAAGAUAGUGAAUUUUCUCAUCAGGAACAUGCUCAUGUUGUUCCCGCUCCCGCAGCUGGUGUAGUUGAAGAUGCUAGUGGUCCUGGUCCUCCCACUACUGGUACAAGAACCGCUACAAAUAAACAAGAAUCCGCUCAUCUUUCAGGCGGCUUCAUCGAUGGACCAACUGGGACCACUUCUGCGUCGACCACAAGUUCCAACGACGGCCGAGACACGUAUGACUUCUUGGAAAUAAAAAAAGAAAAAAAGCGCCGACGCCUGCGCGGAUGUGCAACCUGUGGCGAACCUCCAGCUGAACAACAAAAAAGACCUCCGCCCGUCACACAAAAUAAUGCCGGGGGCCCAGCAGGCGGAAGAACAAAUGCCCUUACCAGCACUUUAAACACCGGAGGCACAGCGCCAACGCCAACGCCAACGCCAGCCACAGAUCGUGAACCAGCAACAGAGCUCGCUAGUCGUGGUCCUCCACUUGGACCAGCAAAAGUAGUACAACCAGCAGACGAGCUAUUUUUAGCGUCCACCGCAGCAACAGCAGCCAGUCUAUCCGAGGACAAUAUCCGAUAUUCAGUCACCAAAACCACAAGUCGUCUCGCUAGUGAUCCUCAACUUGAACAACCAGCACAAGUACAACACCCAGCAGAAGUGCAACCAGCCGUGGACCCAUUGGCGUCCUCCAACAGCGCAGCACCAGCAGCCACCGGCGCAGCACCAUUCCAAGGAUUAAUCGAACCAAUACCAAGGGCGCCCGGUGAUAGGCCAACGACACAGGGACCCCCUACGGUAUUCAAGCCCCCACAUCUUCAACAAUAG